GGAAGCAUCAGCGCAUGUAACGAUGAACGAUGGCAACAUUUGCAAAUACACAACAACGAAAUUUCACUUGAGAACCAUCUAAGUUCUUGAUCAGUACUUCACUGCAUCUACUCAUGAAGCCUUUAUAUCUGCAGACUCGCUGAGCUGCUCAUAACAGUAUCCCGGAGUCUGUUUUACAAAGCUUAUCAUAAUGGCUGCGCAAUCUAAAAUCGAUUUCCUACCACCCGAUAGAACGAUCAAGAGUAUAAUAUCUGACCUCACAUCAUUAUAUCUCAAGCAUCGAACAAAGAUCUCUCGGACGGUUUAUUUGACAUUAUUCUUCGCUCUUCUCAAUCGCAUACGAUCUGCCAUUUCCGAACAAAAGGCUGCAGCCAUUCGUCAUGCAGAGUCGCGAAGAAGAGGUCCGGUUGCACUGGGAAAUGGCGCGCAAGGAACUGAAAGGAAAAAGGUUGAACUGAAUAGAGAGUUUUUCAAGAAUCUGAUCCGGCUUUUGAGGAUAUGUAUUCCCGGAUGGAGGAGUAAGGAGAUGCGACUGCUUGUCAGUCACAGUAUCUUCCUUGUUAUCAGAACUCUGAUCAGUUUGAAAGUUGCAGCCAUGGAUGGUGCAUUGGUUUCAAGUUUGGUACGAGGAAAAGGGAAGGACUUUUUGAUUGGUAUUGUAUGGUGGAUGUUGAUCGCUGUUCCUGCAACAUUCACGAAUUCUAUGGUAUGUACCACAUGACCCCGUCUGCUGUGAUUAAGCUAAUAUAUGAAAUAUCUAGCUCUCAUAUCAUCAGUGUAAACUUGCGCUUCAAUACCGAACACGAUUAACGAAUUAUAUCCACGAUAGAUACUUGUCGAAUAUGACAUUUUACUCUCUUUCUGCUCUCGAUGAUCGAAUAAAGAACGCGGAUCAGUUAAUAACCGUGGAUGUAUCGAAAUUUGCGAAUAGUUUGGCAGAGUUAUAUGGAAAUCUUGCGAAACCAGCAUUGGAUAUGGCAAUAUACAACUAUUCUCUUUCCAAAAGUGUUGGUGGCGAGGGGCUUCUUUUUAUGUCGCUACUGGUACAACUUUCAGCAAAUGUCAUGAGAGCGUUGACUCCUCCUUUUGGCAAAUAUGUGGCAGAUGAAGCAAGACUAGAAGGGGAAUUCCGAUUUCAACAUUCGAGAUUGAUAGAUUAUAGUGAAGAGGUCGCAUUGUAUAAUGGGCAUGAAGCGGAAAAGGAUACUUUGGAUAAAGGAUACUUUACACUCAUAAAACAUGUAAACUGUGAGUAUCGCCUUGCUCUGAUAUCUGAAAUUCAGCUAAUACCGCCAUAGAUAUUUUGAGGCGAAGAUUCACACAUGGAAUAAUGGAGGUAAGGAACGUGACAACCUUUUUGGGAGAACGAAGCUAACUGCUAUAGGAUUUCGUUAUCAAAUACGUAUGGGGAGCUUUAGGGCUUAUUCUGUGUAGUGUCCCGGUAUUCUUUAAGAUACCAGGUGCAAGUUCAGCAAGUAUGGGUGAUCGAACAGAAAGCUUCGUAACCAAUCGAAGAUUAUUACUUUCUAGUUCCGAUGCCUUCGGUCGAGUAAUGUUCUCCUACAAGGAGGUUACUGAAUUAGCCGGAUAUACCUCCCGAGUUGCGACACUAUUGGAAGUUAUGGAUGAGAUUAAGGCUGGACGAUUCGUUAAAACUUUGGUUUCCGAGGAUGAUUCUGGUGAACAAUUAGAAUUGAUGAGAGGAAGAGGUACUGUGAUCGAAAGUGAAGACAUUGAAUUUGUUGAUGUGUAUGUUCUAUUCAAGCCUAAUUCCUACAAUUGCUAACCAUUCUUAGACCAAUCAUCACUCCAGGUGGAAGUAUUCUUGUUCGAAAACUAUCCUUUUCCAUGAAACGUGGGGAUCAUGUUCUAGUAGUCGGACCAAACGGAUGUGGUAAAUCUUCCUUAUUCCGCAUUCUGGGAGGUCUCUGGCCCGUAUAUGGCGGUACUGUCCGAAAACCACCCCUUUCCCAAGUUUUCUACGUUCCCCAACGACCAUACCUUAGCGCCGGAUCCCUUCGUCAACAAAUUAUCUACCCUGAUUCUCUUCGUGCCAUGCGAAGUAAAGGUAUAACCGAUUCUGACCUCCUUGCUAUCCUUUCCAUCCUCGAUCUUGAUCACCUCGUUACAGCUUUUCCCAAUGGUUGGGACGCCGAAGCUGAAUGGCGCGAUGUGUUAUCUGGGGGACUUCAACAACGUGUAGCUAUGGCUCGCCUCUUUUACAAUCGUCCCAAAUAUGCCAUUCUAGAUGAAUGCACCAGCAGCGUCACUCUAGAGAUGGAAAAAAUCAUGUAUGAGCAUGCGAAAGCAUUAGAUAUUACAUUGAUGACAGUUAGUCAUCGUAGAAGUUUAUGGAAAUAUCAUAGUAAGAUAUUACAAUUUGAUGGACAAGGAAAAUAUAUUUUUACGGGAUUGGAUGCAGAGAAGAGGUUGAAGUUGGAGGAUGAAAAGGAGGAGCUGGAGGCUCAUUUGAGAGCUAUGCCAGAGGUUAGGAGGAGAUUUGAUGAAUUGAUGUUAGGGAGGGGCGACUGAGGGAAUUGUGGAGAUGGGAAUAUAUAUAAGUUUUAUAUUGCUUAUAUACCAUUUUAUUUAUUUAUUUGUUUCUGUGUUCUCAGAAUUCGGUUUUCGUACUAUGAAACUGGACUUGUAAGACUUACUUUUUGAGCUCAUCAUUUGGAUCGCUGGAAAAUGUGAUCAUGUAUAGUAGUAGUGAUUUCCAACGUUAAGUUAAGCCAACUAAGCUUUACCUCUCCAUCUAUCCUCCUCCGUAUG